AUUUCAUGUAUCCUGUUAACACCAUAAUGACUAUCCCCCGGAUAAAAUCUAUCGGGAGAUCGAUUUCAAACCAUACCGUUCGUCAGCUCAAGUUUAUCAUCCCCGGAGCUGUGAUCACGUAUGCAUUCAAUACCCAUCGCGUCUUUCUGGAGUUGUUAACCAGACAAGAUGUAGAAGGGUUGGCAAGACUGUUUGCCCUUGCUUCCACUGGUUUGGAAGCACUUGUGAUCAUACUUUUUCUCUACGUUCUCCUUGUACCGUGGAUACACGGCCUCGAACCAGACUACCAGUCUUGGCGAGACUCGGGGAUACUCUCUUCUGUCAUCCCAAUAUUGACCGUUGCGAUCUUGGUUGGCUGGUCACUUCUGUCCUUUACCCUCGGGAGGUGGUCUAGUUUGGGAUAUCUAGAAGGAGUAGUAGGGGCAUCAGGCAUUUAUGCACUCACGUUUGGACUAUUAGGCCUUCUUCCCGCCCCGAAAGUUCACCGCUCAUGAUUCAGUAUCGCAAUUACGAGUAGCUCGUGUCUCACGCGGACUUGUUACUAAUGUACUGUCGAUGUAUGUACUUUGAUAUUGUAGGAUGCUAUACAGUUAGUAAUACUUAUAAAUACUACCGGUGCGCCCGGGAGGGAAGGAAAUACUGUGAUUC